AGUCUACUGCCGCCCUUAUGUGACGCCAUAGCGGAACACGCGCACGUAAAUCAAAUUAAGAAUUCGAAGAAAAUUUAAAUAUAGUAUUAUAAAAAUUAAGUGUUCCAAUUCCAAAAUUGAACGUUCGAAAGUGUAAUAUGUUUUUCUUUGUGUUCUGUUGGUGAGUGAUCGGAAAGUUUGUUUUUUAUUUCCGGUAGCGGCUUGUUUUUAUUGGCGGCCAGAAAUAAGAUAAAAAUGUACGGGCUGCUCCUGGAGAACAUGGCGGAGUACAUCCGCCAGAUGUACGGGGAGGACAAGUGGGAGGAGAUCCGACGGCAGGCGGGCGUGGAGCAACCCUCCUUCUCCGUGCACCAGGUCUACCCUGAAAACCUCAUCACGAGGCUCGCCAAGACUGCACAAGAGGUACUAGACAUAUCAGAACGAGAGUUCAUGGACCAAAUGGGAGUUUACUUCGUGGGAUUCGUCUCACAGUACGGCUAUGACAGAGUCUUGUCGGUUUUGGGCAGACACAUGAGGGAUUUCCUCAAUGGAUUGGACAAUUUGCACGAAUACUUAAAGUUUAGUUAUCCAAGGAUGAGAGCGCCUAGUUUUAUAUGUGAAAAUGAGACUAGACAAGGUCUAACGUUGCAUUACAGAUCGAAAAGAAGAGGGUUUGUCUACUACGCAAUGGGACAAAUAAGGGAGGUAGCCCGCCAUUUCUACCACAAAGAGAUGCGAAUAGAGUUGCUUCGGGAAGAGCUUCUAUUUGACACGGUGCAUGUGACAUUCCAACUAUUCUUCGACAACAGAGCAUUCACCCUGGCUUCUCUCGCAAUGACGAGGGAGGAAAAACAUCUGCCGAUCAGCGCCGCGGUGCUUUUUGAAAUCUUCCCGUUUUGUAUCGUCUUUGGAUCGGACAUGGUAGUGCGAAGUAUCGGCAACUCAUUGAUGGUGAUCUUACCAGAUCUGGUGGGAAAGAAGAUUACUAACUGGUUUGAUCUGGUCCGGCCUCUCAUAGCGUUCAAAUUUCAAACGAUACUGAACCGUACGAACAACAUCUUCGAGCUGGUGACGGUAGAAGCGGCCAUGCAUGAUAAGGUUCCCGACAAACGGAACGAACUGAUGCGAUUGUCGGAUGAGUCGGACGGAGUCACUGACAAAAAUCUCAGGUUGAAAGGUCAAAUGAUCUACAUGGACAAUUGGCGCAUGAUGAUGUACCUGGGCACCCCGGUCAUGCCAGACCUGUCAGCGCUGGUAUCUACUGGUCUCUACAUCAACGAUCUUUCUAUGCACGACUUUAGUAGAGAUCUAAUGCUGGCUGGAACCCAACAAUCAGUAGAAUUGAAACUCGCGCUAGACCAAGAGCAACAAAAAAGUAAAAAAUUAGAAGAGUCCAUGAGAAAACUAGAUGAGGAAAUGAAGAGGACUGAUGAGCUGCUGUACCAGAUGAUACCGAAACAGGUGGCCGAUCGAUUGAGGAAUGGAGAGAAUCCUAUAGAUACUUGUGAGAUGUUCGACAGCGUUUCCAUCCUAUUCUCCGACGUGGUCACCUUCACGGAGAUCUGCUCCCGCAUCACGCCCAUGGAGGUGGUGUCCAUGCUGAACGCCAUGUACUCCAUAUUUGACACCCUCACUGAGAGGAACAGGGUUUAUAAGGUUGAAACAAUAGGAGACGCCUACAUGGUGGUGUCAGGGGCACCAGAGAAAGAAGACAACCACGCUGAGAAGGUCUGCGACAUGGCUCUGGAUAUGGUUGACGCUAUAACAGACUUAAAGGACCCUAGCACAGGGUCCCACCUUUCCAUCAGAGUGGGUGUCCAUUCAGGCGCCGUCGUGGCCGGUAUCGUAGGUCUGAAGAUGCCCCGGUACUGUUUGUUCGGGGACUCUGUCAACACUGCCUCCAGGAUGGAGUCUACUUCGGAGGCCAUGAGGAUUCACAUAUCGCAAACUACGCAGGAGUUGUUGUCGCCGUCGUAUAUGGUCACGGAGAGGGGAGAAAUUCAGGUUAAAGGAAAAGGAUCAAUGAAAACUUACUGGCUAGAAGGGCGCGAAUCCAGACCACCACUCACGAAGAUGAUAUCACCUCAGCUCCAACCUGGUACAGAAUUAGAAUGGGAAAGAGCUGCAGAUGUAAGGGACAGUAUCGCCGAACAUUCAGCCAUGCAACAUUGUAUCAAAGAAAAUGCCGGAAACUUUCCACAUCUGCAAAAUAUAGUCAAUUCUGGACCUAAUUCCCUAGUCAAUAGCGCUGGAAGUCUAAUGGCACAGCCCGCGACGCCUGGCUUGAAGAAUUCUCAAGUAAGAUCUAGCACUCCUGCGCCGACGGUGACGUCACCGGUGGAAGAGAGACGGAUAUAUUCUCCCGUCACUUUCCAGGACGUAGCUAGAAGAAGUAUAGCAAACUCGCCCAACAGAACUGAAAAAGAUCGUGGUAGAGACACGAGAUCAAAUUCAACUAGUUUCGCUGGGGCCUGGAACGACACCGAGUCUACAGAUCCAGCCAAAACAUCCGAUAGCCUCAAUUCUUCAUUCUGUUACAGCACGACAUCCCCUUGCAGAGCCGGCACCGCCCCAAAUUACAAAGAACGUGAACUCGAGAGCUGCACCGAUAGUGUUUUUAUACCACGCAUGACCCCAUCCCAUUCGGCCCCCCCUUUAGCAGGAGUCUCGUGUUCCACUCUCAGACCUGAAACUAGCUCCUCCGUCUCACCGAGUCAAGGUAGAGAAGAAAUUGAAACAGAUGUAGAAUACCAAGACGCACACGCAGAUAUAACACAAAUACCCCACGUUUGUACCGUACCUGAAAUCUCCGAUCCCAGCCACCCAAGACCUGGGAAAGUAGGGCGGUUCAAAUCCAGAAUAGCGCCGGGCUACCACAAAAGCUGUUUAUCUCAAAAAUCCAAAGACUCCAUCAAGGAUAAAUCCCAACAACAGGCGAAUGUGCCUCAUGGUCAUCAUCACUCAAAGAAUGUGAACCAUCAUCAAUGUUGUGGCGCGUUUGGGAAUCCUCACGUUAGGCAUAAAUCCAGCAAUUCUAGUUGUCACCUUAUUUAAAAAUAACGGUUGUUAAACACCAUGUUUGUGAUCGUAUUAUAUAGCACAAACAUCCAUGUUCAAUGGUGGAUGUGGUUAUAAAAUAACACAAAUAUAAAUAAAAUAAAAAAAAAAACAAUAGAAAUACUAUACUGUAGUGCAAACUAUAGGAACGAUAUUUGGCCAUCUUGAAUCACAUAUCUAUUUAUUUAUAUAAAGUUGUCAAAAAAUCUCAGAAUAGUGAUACGGUGUGAAAACGUUAUGGCAACUGAUGGUGGUGAUUACUAUCACUUGUGACGACACAGUUGCCAGCUUUUACCACUUCUUUCAUCUUUCAUUAUUCCGAAUUCUCUGACCCAGCCACAUCCGCAACUGAACGUGAAUGCCGAGCUUUAGUUAGCUUUUGUGUUGCUUUUGCUCACUGGCAUAACACCUUUUCUUAUUUCGAUUUGUACCUAGUGUGAGCAAAUCCUUUGUGAAUUUGUAAGAUUUUAUCAUGAAUGAUAUGACUGGUCUUUAGGUGUUCAAUAAAAUUGUAGUUAACUAUUACCAAUUUAAUAGUUAUGAAUAUAAAGGUUAUGAAUCACAAAAAAAUAUUUCGAUAAUGGUUACAAAAUUAUCUGCUGGAAAAUUAGAAAGAAGGUACAUAUUAUAGUAGUUCUCUCUAAUCUUUCUUCAUCAACCAACAAAUACGGAUUUCUAUUAAUAAUUUCUUAAAGAUUAUCAGGUUGAAUGGAACUCUGGAAAUAUCGAUCAAACUCGUAUACGAUAUUGUUUAAACAAUCAAGCUAUGUUGGUAGGUAUUUGUAGAUAAUUAAAUAUUGUGUCGUUAAAUUUCGGGCCUUCACUUCUAGUUAAUUAUAUCGCAAUUGUCAAUAUCAGUAUUUUUAAUGUAAUUUGCUGUAUAAUUUCGGCCUAAAUGUACUUACUUUUUAAAAAUGUCACUUCUGCGGGAUCACGAUAUUUUUUCUAGUCUAUAGGUAACUUUUACAUGUCUAAAUUAAGUAUGAUAGUCACCAAUGUUAAUAUUUAAGUAAAAUGUUGAUUUAGUCACGAAUUCUUUUUGAUUUUUAAGUAUUAUUUGUAGAUCUCAAUAUGAACAUCCCAAAGAUUUUUUACAAAUUUUAAUAUAAAGAGCUUUACGCAUCGACAAUAGAAAUAAAAUUUUACUAAUGUUAAUAAAAUACUAUUUGACGCUGUGUAACAGUAAAUUUUAUGAGAUUAUAAUUAAAAUUAAAUAGAUAAAUGGAUAAGCGCGGACAUAUUAAUAUGGCGGAAAAUCAUAAGAUAUGAUUUAUUGUAAAGCAAUGCAAUGUUUUAGAAAUUUUAAAUUAUAUCGUAGUAACUUUAUAUAGGUAUUUUUAUUGAUUAGAUAAAUACACAUUUUAUUUUAGAACGGCCUUUUCGAACUUUGAAUUUUCGUCAUGUUUUUAUGUCCAUAAUAUUAAUACUUUAGAAUAUUGAGAUUCAAAUAUGUAGAUUCCUGAACUACAUUAAUGUAUUUUUACAAAAAGGUGCUACUUAGUAGCCAAUAUAGUUAAUUUAGGCACAGUGAAAUAUUUUUUUUCUAUUUAACA